CGGCUCGCGCCUGCCCCGCCCCGCCCCGCGUCUGCUUCAGAGGGGCCCGAGCCACCCGGUCCGCCGCGUCCCCGCCGCCGCCGCCGCCGCCGCCGCGUCCCCCGCCGGGGCCGACCGAGCCGAGCCGGGCCGGAGCGGCGGGCGCGGCCGGGCCGCCAUGGACCACAAGCCGCUGCUGCAGGAGCGGCCGCCCGCCUACAACCUGGAGGCCGGCCAGGGCGACUACGCGUGCGGCCCGCACGGCUACGGCGCCAUCCCCGCCGCGCCCCCGCCGCCGCCCUACCCCUACCUCGUCACAGGUGGGCCCGGAACCAACUUUCCCCGCCGGCGGCUUCCGAGGUGGCAAGCCCGGUCGGGGGACGCGGGUCCGGAGGCAGGGAUACCCACCCACCAUCCCAGGGUCUACAACAUCCACAGCCGGACCGUCACCCGCUAUCCUGCCAACUCUAUCGUGGUCGUGGGAGGCUGUCCCGUCUGCAGGGUUGGGGUGCUGGAAGACUGCUUCACCUUCCUGGGCAUCUUCCUGGCCAUCGUCCUGUUCCCCUUCGGGUUCAUCUGCUGUUUUGCCCUGAGGAAGCGAAGAUGCCCCAACUGUGGAGCCACCUUUGCUUAAAGAGAACACCAGGCCCGGCUUUCCUACACCCAGCUCUCUCUUUCUAAUGUAAAUGUUGUGUACAAUAGUUUUAUUUGAUUAAGCUUCAGGACUGUUUUGUAAAGCGAGGUGGGACCGAUGUGGCACACGGCAGCUGCGGUUUCCCGGAGCGCGGAGAGGCAGCGCUGCUGCUCCCGCCCGAGGCUCAUGACAACUCAAUAAAGCACUGCUUUUAUUUUUUGCAGUCUUCAAUUUGAGAAAGGUGAGAAAUAAUGUUUUCAAUAAAUGAGAUUCAUACCAUU